AACGCGUACUUAUUAAGUUGUGUAGAACUGUCAUUCAAUUCUUCUUAUAAAAUAUUUAAUAUUCCAUUGAAGAUUUAUAGAUAUAUAAAAGAUCUAGUGUAUAUUAUAGUCAAGAGUGAAGUGGUAUUAAUUAGAAAGUUAGACAUACUAAACAAAACAUAAGAUGAAUAAAGAAAGCGAAGUAAAUAACAAAGGCUGUUGCCUCUGUUGGCCACUACGAUGCAGUUUGCUUACGUGGGCAUACUUUAAGUUGGUAUCUUCAGCAGUAUUCAUAACGGUGAUAUCAUACGCCCUGCUACACACAUUAGUUAUGUACAAAUUGUAUGGCAAAAAGCAAUCUCAAAUACGGGUCGAUGCAGAAAUCGCAAUAACAAUCAUUGCACUAUCUCUAUUUGUUGCUGAUUUCCUAGUGACUGUAAUAUUUGUUGUGGGAAGACACCGUAAUAUGAAACAAAUGAGGCGGUUAAAGCCGUUCUAUUACUGCAGCAUAGUGACGUGGAUACUAGCCAUGUUACUGACUGCGAUGGCAGUCAGUCUGUCCAUUGAGAGCCUGUUCGCGAAGUAUAUGACGUUCCCUUCCUCGGUGGUCAAUAUUAUAAACUUCGUCAGUUAUUUUGUUACUAUCGUUGUCCAAACCUACUUCCUACUGCUACUAAGGAACGAAAUCAUCAAAUUAAUAAAGAACAACGAAGUCAGGUUCCUGAACAAUGAGGCUGAUGCAUCCUGUACUGUAAGGCAUGACACUGUAGAUAAAGGGGCGUCUGAUGGUGAUACCGACACUGAAGAAGUUUGAAGAAUAGUUGAAUAUAAAGACUUGAUUCUUA